UCAAGAGCCAUGGCACUGCAGGGUCGUUAACCAAUAAGCACAGGCUGCAGCUGAAGUUUCACUUUCCACGCAGAAGUCGAGGGACAGCAACUUCUCUGCAGACAUGAGUCAAGUCUUAGACAUGGAGCGCUGUGAUCUGAACAUUAAGAGCAACAGCAGCAGCCAUCAUACAGAGCUGUAUGGGGAGAAGCGCUUGAUUGUCAGGAGGGGACAGCCCUUCCAUGUCAUUUUACAUCUGAAACCCGGCAGCAGAGACUUCAAACAGGGGGAAACAACUUUCACGCUCAUUGUUGAAACUGGUCCGUUACCCAGAAAAGAAUCAGACACUCAGGUUUCCUUUGUUCUGCGUGAGUCCACAGUGGACACUGAGUGGAGUGCAUCCGCCACCUAUGAUCCCUCUGGAAACACAGUGUCUGUGUCUAUCAGUUCCUCACCCAAUGCCCCCAUAGGGCUCUAUUCCCUGACUCUGGACCAGGAUGGGCAGAAGACCAGUUUAGGGCAGUUCAUCCUUCUUUUUAAUGCGUGGUGCCCCAGAGAUGCCGUUUACAUGCGCAGUGAAUCGAAGAGGCAGGAGUAUGUUUUAGCACAACAUGGGCUGAUCUACAGAGGAACAUAUAAAAGAAUCAAAGGGACACCCUGGAACUUUGGACAGUUUGACCCAACUAUACUGGACAUCUGUCUGAAGAUCCUAGAUGAGAACCCAAAAUUUAUAUCUGAUGCUGACAAGGACUGCUCUGGCAGGAGAAAUCCCAUCUAUGUGACCAGGGUGCUUAGUGCCAUGAUCAACAGCAAUGAUGACAGGGGGGUGCUGGUGGGAGAGUGGGGGGAGUUUUCAGGUGGGGUCCAUCCAGGACAGUGGAUCGGCAGCGGGGACAUUCUGCGCCAGUGGGCAGAAAGUGGCCCCGUGUGCUACGGCCAGUGUUGGGUCUUUGCUGCUGUUGCAUGCACAGUAUCUCGUGCCCUGGGCAUCCCAUGUCGAGUGGUUACUAACUUUGGAUCGGCUCAUGAUACUGACGCCAACCUGAUGAUAGAAAACCUGUAUGAUGAAGAUGGUGAAAGGAUUUCUGAAGGUGAUUCGAUAUGGAACUUCCACGUUUGGGUGGACAGCUGGAUGACUCGUCCUGAUUUGGGCCCGGAGUUUGAUGGGUGGCAAACCAGUGACCCAACCCCACAGGAGACAAGUGAUGGUGUUUUCUGUUGUGGGCCGGCCUCACUGAGGGCCAUCAAGGAAGGAGAGCUGACCAAGAAGUAUGAUGCUCCCUUUAUCUUUGCUGAGGUUAACGCAGAUGUUGUAGACUUUGUGCGCCUUUCAAAUGGCCAGAUCGUCAGAUUCGAUGGAUCAACUAAGUCUGUCGGACGCUUCAUCAGCACCAAAGCUGUGGGCUCAGAUGAGAGACGUGACAUCACACACCACUACAAGUAUCCUGAAGGCUCAAAGGAGGAGAGGCAGGUAUAUGAGAAGGCUCAGCACCACAACAAGCUCCAGCAACGAGGAGAAGAGCCGGGGCUUCAUCUCAAGAUCAAACUGGCUGAUAACAUGAUGGUGGGCUUGGACUUUGAGGUGCACGCUGUCCUCACUAACAACUGCAUGGAGGCGAAGACCUGCUCUUUCCUGUUCUUUGCCAGAGCAGUCGGAUACAACGGAAAACGAGGCGAGAGCUGUGGAUUUGCUUCGGACAAAGUGGAGUUGCAGUCCGGAGAAGAAAGACGCCUGUCCCUCAGACUGCAGUAUGACCAUUAUGGGUCAGUGAUCACCUCUGACAGGUUGAUCCAGCUGUCAGCCAUAACCAUUGACAAGCAGACCACAGAGUACCACAAGACUGAGAAGACCAUUGUGCUAGAUGAGCCAGAGAUAGAGAUCAAGCUGGUGGGAGAGGCCACAGUGAACCAGGCUGUGACAGCAGAGCUGGCCUUGUUGAACCCUUUACCAGAGCCACUACAGGACUGCAGCUUCACCAUAGAGGGGGUCGGCCUCACGGACGGCAAGCCACUAAAAGAGAAGAUCGGAGCUGUGGGCCCCAAACAGGAAGCCAAAGCCAGCAUUAAGUUCAGUCCUACGGCUGUAGGCUCCACCGUGCUGCUGGUGAACUUUGAUAGCGACAAACUGAGGAACAUCAAGAGCUUCAUCAAUGUUGUUGUGAAGGAAUGAGCCAGCACAGAAGUCUAAUACUACUAACAGCCUUUUGCAAUUUUGUUGUUUAAAUGGACUCCAGACUACACGGUUGUCCUUGAUGUAGGGGCUUGAGGCUUUUUUUAAAUCCACUAAUAAUUUUUAUCAAUAUAUUAUACUAGAAUUUACUAUUAUACAAUCCACAGUAAUAUUUUUUUUCUUCAGUGAUUUUUUUUAUGAAACACAGUGAUCCACAUCCACUAGCCAGUACCUACAGCUCUAUAGUAGACUACAAUGCUAUUAUUGGUAGCAAUAAAAUAAGAUACUGACGUGAACUCAUUUUUCUUGAAUAAUAAGUAUUGAUUAAGAAGGGUGUAUUCAUUUUGAUUAGGUUACAUCUAGAUGUGACAAUAAACCACUGCUACUAAAACUGUGAGCAAAGCAAUUGUUUAUUUUGCUUCCUAUGAGAAACCUUUCUAAUAAAAGACGAU